UAGUGCUAUUGUUCGUUUUUAGUGCUACUCACCACGCAUGGCCACAUCGAAGUGACGACAGCCAAGUGAAUUUAACUUGUCUGUCCUCACUUUGUUUCUGUAUUGAAGCAAUACUUACUCACUGUCAUACAUUUUCCCUUUCAAUUCGAGAAAAUCAAUCGGGCUUCGUUCUCCGUUGUUGAAGAUGAGCGACAGCGACGACGACGUCCCAACGCUGUCGGCUCACACUCUGGCAGCUCUUCAGGAGUUCUUCGAGGAGACCCGAGCAGAGAAUACCCGCAAUGACCCUUCCCCAGACGCGGACCACUUUGCCGUGGGAGCCGUGAACGAAGACUGGCGGAUGAGUCAGUUCUGGUACACUGACGACACGGCGACACGAUUGGCUGAGGAGCUUCUGCACGAAGCUGGAGGAGGAGGAAGGAUCGCCUGUGUGAGUGCCCCCAGCGUUUACCAGAAGAUCAAGCAGCUUUGCGGCCCCCGCGGCGGUCCGGCGGCCGUGGCGGUCCUGGAGUACGACCGCCGCUUCGCCAUCUACGGCGAUGACUUUGUCUUCUACGACUACAACCACCCGUUGGCGUUUGCGGAGCGGGGCGUGGCCGCCGGCAGCUUUGACGUGGUCCUGGCAGACCCGCCCUACCUCUCGGAGGAGUGUCUCACCAAAGUGGCCCAGACUGUCAAAUACCUCAGCAAAGAAAAAGUGCUGCUGUGCACAGGUGCCGUCAUGGAGCACCUGGCCAAGGAUCUUCUCAACGUGCAAAUGUGCCGCUUCCUGCCUCGGCACGAGCGCAACUUGUCCAACGACUUCCGGUGUUUUGUCAACUACCCGUCGGGGCUGCUGUCCUGCGGAUGAGUGGGAAAAGGGAAACGAGAGAGGUGGGGGGGACCAUCCAAAAUGUUCCACUUGAUGAUGAGCGGACAAUGUUCACAGGCUGGCGAGUCGCAUGACUCUGCGUCCUAAUGCGAAAUGUGGACGACGCUGGCACAGAACGAACGGCAAGCGUGACAAAAACGUUACCACGUUGUCGAUAUCUGUACAAACUUCAUGUCCUGCUGUAUUUGCGACCGUGUACUGCCGUGUAUGGAUGGA